AUGCUUCAGUGGAGAAGACGACACUGCUGCUUUGCAAAGAUGACCUGGAAUACCAAAAGGUCUCUGUUUCGCACCCAUCUCAUUGGCCUGAUCUCUCUUGUAUUUCUUUUUGCUAUGUUUCUGUUCUUUAAUCAUCACGACUGGCUGCCAGGCAGGGCUGGAUUCAAAGAAAACCCCAUGGCUUACACUAUACGAGGAUUUAGAUCUACAAAAAUCGAGACAAACCACAGCUCUCUAAGGAAUGUGUGGAAAGACACCAUACCUCAGACGCUCAGGCCUCAAACCGUCACCAACUCCAACAACACAGAUAUGUCACUGCAAGGAGUAACUGGUUUGGAAAAUACUCUCAGUGCCAAUGGAAGUAUAUACAACGAGAAAGGUACUGGGCAUCCAACUUCGUAUCAUUUCAAAUACAUCAUAAAUGAGCCUGAGAAGUGUCAGGAGAAGACCCCUUUUCUAAUAUUGCUCAUUGCUGCAGAGCCAGGCCAGGUGGAAGCUAGACAAGCUAUUCGACAAACCUGGGGUAAUGAAAGCCUCACCCCUGGCAUUCAAAUUGUUCGUAUUUUUCUGCUGGGCUUAAGCAUCAAGAUAAAUGGAUACCUCCAGCGUACCAUACUAGAGGAAAGCAGACAGUACCACGACAUCAUUCAACAAGAAUACUUAGACACCUACUAUAAUUUAACCAUUAAAACUCUGAUGGGAAUGAACUGGGUUGCGUCUUACUGUCCACGUGUUCCAUAUGUUAUGAAAACUGACAGUGAUAUGUUUGUCAAUACUGAAUAUUUAAUACACAAGCUUCUGAAACCAGAACUUCCUCCAAGACACAAGUAUUUUACAGGUUAUUUAAUGAGAGGUUAUGCACCUAAUAGGAACAAGGAUAGUAAGUGGUAUAUGCCACCUGAUUUGUAUCCAAGUGAACGUUAUCCUGUAUUCUGCUCUGGAACUGGUUAUGUUUUUUCUGGAGAUUUAGCAGAAAAAAUCUUUAAAGUCUCCUUAAGCAUCAGACGUUUACAUUUAGAGGAUGUAUAUGUGGGGAUCUGUCUGGCCAAGCUGCGAAUUGACCCUAUGCCUCCACCCAAUGAGUUUGUCUUCAAUCACUGGCGAGUUUCUUACUCCAGCUGUAAAUAUAGCCACCUAAUUACCUCCCACCAGUUCCAACCUAGUGAACUGAUCAAAUACUGGAACCACUUACAACAAAAUAAGCACAAUGCCUGUGCCAAUGCAGCGAAAGAAAAAGCAGGCAGGUAUCGCCACCGUAAACUGCACUAGAAGGACAACGCUCCCUCUGUCAGAUGUACUCCAUGUGCAAUUUGUAAAUACUGCUGAACGCAUGUACAGUGAAAAUGGAUGAGCUUAAUGGGACAGCCUUUAGUUGAUCCACAUCACAUAGUGCAGUCUGAAAAUUA